CAGCCUACAACUAAACUAGAUCAGGAAUUCAGGACCUCCCAUAGCUUCAAAAUAUCUUCUUUUCCAAUGGUCGAAAUCUAGGAUUCUUGAUUCCUGCUUGAAAGAAAGGAGUCUUCUCAUCAGAUCUCGUUCUUGAAUUCCAGAAGCAGCAGGGUUUGGGAAUCAAUGGCGGAACCCAAGAAGUACAUUACUGCAGAGGAGCUGAAGAAGCACAACAAAGCAGGGGAUCUGUGGGUGUCUAUUCAGGGGAAAGUGUAUGAUGUUUCAGAGUGGGUGAAAGUCCACCCAGGUGGGGAGCUGCCUCUGAGGAGCCUUGCAGGCCAAGAUGUGACCGAUGCUUUUGUGGCAUUCCACCCAGGGGCUGUCUGGCACCACCUUGACAGAUUCUUCAAUGGCUUUUACCUCAGGGACUACACAGUAUCCGAGGUGUCCAAGGAUUACAGGAGGCUGGUGUCUGAGUUCUCCAAGAUGGGGCUGUUUGAGAAGAAAGGGCAUGGGGUUUUCUUCUCCAUGUGCUUAAUGGUAGUCCUGUUUGCUGUGAGUGUUUAUGGGGUUUUGUGCAGUGAGAGUGUGUGGGUGCAUUUGGUUAGUGGUGGGCUGAUGGGGUUUCUGUGGAUUCAGAGUGGGUGGUUAGGGCAUGAUUCUGGGCACUAUCAGAUUAUGAUGAGUAAAGGGUAUAAUAGAUUUGCUCAGAUCCUUACUGGGAAUUGUCUUACAGGGAUAAGCAUUGCGUGGUGGAAGUGGAACCACAAUGCCCAUCACAUUGCCUGCAACAGCCUUGACUUUGAUCCUGAUCUGCAGCACCUCCCUUUCUUUGUGGUAUCUUCCAACCUCUUUAACUCACUCACUUCACAUUUCUAUGAAAGAAAGCUGAACUUUGACACAUUUGCUAGGUUCUUGGUUAGCUAUCAGCAUUGGACAUUUUAUCCUGUCAUGUGUUUUGCUAGGAUUAAUCUGUAUGCACAGUCAUUUGCACUGUUGUUUUCCAAGAGAAAAGUGGCCAAUAGGGGGCUGGAGCUUUUGGGGCUUCUUGCAUAUUGGGUCUGGUAUCCAUUGCUUGUUUCUUGCUUGCCCAAUUGGGGGGAGAGAGCUAUGUUUGUAAUUGCUAGUUUUGUGGUUACUGGGAUCCAGCAUGUUCAGUUCUGUCUCAACCAUUUCUCGACCAGUGUUUAUGUGGGACCGCCUACUAGCAGCGAUUGGUUCGAGAAGCAGACUGGUGGGAGUCUUGAUAUAUCAUGCUCUUCUUGGAUGGAUUGGUUCCAUGGAGGGCUGCAAUUUCAGGUGGAACACCAUUUGUUUCCCAGGUUGCCAAGAUGUCAUCUCAGAAAAAUCUCUCCCUUUGUGAAGGAGCUUUGUAAAAAGCACGGUUUGCCCUAUAACUGCGCCUCGUUCUGGGAGGCAAACGAGAUGACUAUCAGAACGCUUCGCGCUGCUGCACUGCAAGCCCGGGAUUUAUCCAAGCCAGUGCCCAAGAAUUUAGUGUGGGAAGCUGUUAACACCCAUGGAUGAUGAGAUAGCUUUAAUUUUGGGGUGUUUAUUAGCAUUGUGAUUGUGAUUGUGAUUUGUAGUAGUAAAUGAAAGUUUUCUGUCAUUCUUUUGAGGCUUGAAUUACUUGUGAUUGAGUCUUGUAGGGUGAGAGCAACACAGACAUUAUUGGUAUUGCCUAGUGAAUGAACUAAAAGCUUCUUAUAAA